AACACAUUCAAUCUGCAAAGAAGAAAGCAGGGACAGUCUUGACAGUAGCAAUAGGAAUAGGAACGAGUGAUGUUGUUAACAGCGAAACCCAUGCGACAACUAUGGUUCCCACUCCCAGUCCCAGAAAAAGUUCCCAAGUGCAAUUGCAGGUUAUCAUCGAUAACAUUAGCAAGCACCAACACGCCAAUUACUACUCUCACUCACUCUCACACUCCUAAGCCUAAACCGACGGUAAAGAAGAGAAAGAGGUAUCGGAGGCUGUACCCUGGAGAGACCACCGGCAUCACUGAAGAGAUGAGGUUCGUCGCCAUGAGACUCCGCAACGUCACCGUUUCCCAAAACCAACCGGAUUCCGACACGUGGCACCCCUCCAUGGAUGGCUUCCUCCGUUACUUGGUUGACAACCACCUCAUUUUCACCACUCUCGAACGCCUCGUCGAUGAAUCCGAUAAUGUCUCUUAUGCAUACAUGAGGAAAACGGGGUUGGAAAGAUCAGAAGGGCUUUCAAGGGAUCUGGAAAGGUUGGAGGAAGAAGGAAGUGUGAUUCCAAAUCCCAGCUCUGCAGGGCUUACUUAUGCCAAAUAUUUGGAGGAACUUGCAGAGAGAAGCACACCCUUGUUUCUCUCCCAUUUCUACAAUAUCUAUUUUUCUCAUAUUGCUGCUGGUCAGGUCAUUGCAAAGAAGGUUUCUGAAAAGCUCCUGGAAGGUAAGGAGCUGGAAUUUUACAGAUGGGAAGGAGAUGUUCCUGAAUUGCUGAAAGGUGUUCGUGAUAAGCUCAACUUGCUUUCAGAGCAUUGGUCUCGUGAUGAAAAGAAUAGAUGUUUAAAAGAAACUACAAAGGUAUUCCGGUCUAUGGGACAGAUUGUUCGUCUGAUUGUCUCAUAAAUAGACCUCUGGUUCUCUUUUUCUUUUUCUAAACAACACAUCUUUUUUAUGGUAAGCUUUCUAAAAUCACCUUGUCUUCCUUUAUCUUGUUGAAUUUGUGGCCUUUAACUGAUGGAGGACUAGUAGCCCCAACUCAAUGAUAUUUGAUGUAUUCUUAGACAAUGUAUUCAAUCCUUAACAGAGAGAGAACUGUUUGUUUCGCUCAUGCUUAAAUGGAAAAACAAUACACUGAUCAUGUCAUCCUGCUCUAGAGCAUCCUACUUCUUACAUUACAUUGUAUGUACAAAUUGUGUGAUUGUACAAUUGGACUUUUAUUGGUUAACCCCAAGAACUGUGAUUCUAGCAUGUGCCAUUUAGCUUUGCGUAUGCUGUGUUGUUCAGGGGGGUUUGACUGAAUUGUAGCUUGGGAACCUUUUUUUUUUUUUCCUUCUUGCAGCUAAUUUUCUGUGUCCUCGUGUACAUGUUAGAAAAAGCGUAUUACUAUUAUAACG